CGCCUCCCGCCCCCCGCGCGCCUUUUGAGUUUCCGGGAAAACGCGGCUGCAGCCGGGAAAGGGCCGGGCCGGGCCGGGGCUGCAUCGGCACCCUCCGCAACCCUGAAAGUCCACACUGGGACACGCUAGGAGCAGUACCGGGACCCGGCACGGACCCUCUGGGAACCUCCGGAACCAGCCGCGAGAAGAACCGGGAGCAGGACCGGCACCCGGCAGGACCAGACCAGGACGCAGCAGGACCCCCCGAUCCCCCCGGCUCCGAUGCUGUCUCCCCCCACACGCCAGCUCCUGGCCCUGCUGGGCCCCGAGCGAGGGCGCUGGAUGCUGGUGGGGGGGCUGAUGUCAGCUUCUGCCCUCGGUGAGGUGGCUGCCCCCUACUUCACGGGCCGUGUCACCGACCGGGUGGCACAGGAGGACGCUGCAGCGGCUGUGUGGCCCCUUGUGCUGGUGGGACUCAGCAGUGCCAUCACCGAGCUGGCCUGUGACAGCAUGGCAGCCGUGGCGCUGACACGGGCGCGGGAGCGGCUCCAGCGCGGUGCGGUGGCCGCGGUGCUGCGCGGGGACAUGCCCGGCCCGGGGAACAAAGUGGGGGACACGCCAGGCGCGGUGGCCGAGCGGGUGACAGGGGACGCCGAGGCGACGCACUCGGCGCUGGCCGAUGUGCUGGUGUCGGGGCUGUGGGCCCUGACACGGGCGGUGUCACUGCUGGCCACCAUGAUCUGGCUGUCCCCGGCUCUGGGUCUGCUCCCCAUCCUGGCGGUGCCCCUCUUCGUGGUGCUGCCGCACAAGGUCGGCCGCAUCGAGCAGGACCUGGCACGGCAGGUGCGGACGGCAUAUGCCAGCACCACGGCGGUGGCCCUGGAGUCACUGGGGGCCAUAGGGACCGUCCGGGCCUUUGGGCACGAGGCCGGCGUCACCGCACGCGUCCGGCAGAGCCUCGCCCACGGAUACCGGCUGCAGCAGAAGGAGGCGCUGGCAUAUGCGGCUGGGCUCUGGGCCAGUGGGUUCCCUGCACUGGUCCUGGAGCUGGCGCUGCUCCUCUUGGGGGGGGUACUUGGUGUCCACAGGGACUGUCACCGCUGGGGAGCUGGUCACUGUCCUCAUGUGCCAGCUGCACUUCAUCCAGGCCUUGGAGGCUGUGCUCUGGUACCUCCCUGCGCUGGCCAAGGCCAUUGGCUCCUCUGAGACACUCCUGGAACUGCUGGAGCGGGCCAGGACUGAGGCACCCGCAGGGCCACCGUCACCUGUCACCCCCCUGGGCGAUGAGACCACAUGGACUCGAGGCCUGUGCCUCAAGGAUGUCUGGAUGUCGUACCCUGGGCGGUC